AUGCUCCUCACCGCCGCCGUCGCCGCCGCUCCAUCCGGCCGCCGCAGCCACUCUCAUUCUCACCACAUUCACCCUCGCCCUCACCACCACCCUCGCAAUCGCAACUCCACCGCAGCCACGGCUUUUCCUCCACCGCCACAAUCCUCGCUGGCACCGCCGAACUCCGCCGCGUCCCGCCAAGAGCAAAUCAGGAACAUCAUCGGCGCACUGAUCGGCGCCGGAGACUUCAACAGCUGGGCGAACAUCCUGUCGAUAGCCCCGCCGUCCUCCCUCCCUCUCUCCGCCACUUUCUUCAUCCCCGCGGACGAUUCCCUCGUCGCCGCCUCCGGCGACGCCGCAUUCAGCGACCCGCUCGUCUUCCCUUACCACAUCGUCCCCCAGCGACUCGCCUUCGCCGAUCUCCGCCAGUUCAAGCCUCUUUCCCGACUCCCGACCCUCCUCGUCCCCAAAACGAUCCUCAUCACCAACAAUUCCGACGCCAAUUUCACCCUCGACGGCGUCCUCCUCUCCCACCCUGAUUUGUUCACUUCCCCUGCCGUCGUCGUCCACGGCAUCGCCAAUCUCAUGGACUACUCCAUCUACGGCGAUGGUCCACUCCAGACCAACUCCGAUCAGCCGCAGCAACAGCCGCAGCAGCAGCAGCAGGCGCCGCCUCAGGUUUUGGGGAAAUCGCCACCGGCGCUGUUCGUCCCCGCCGGCGAAGUAAACGGGACUCAGCCGGAGGCAGAGUCGGGAGCAGAGUGCUUACGCGCCGUGGUUUGGGGUAUCUUCUUGGUCAUUCUUUACGUUUUUCUGGCGUGA